AUGUCCAGUAGAGAAGGUGGCAAGAAAAAGCCCCUGAAGCAGCCCAAGAGGCAGGCCAAGGAGAUGGACGAGGAAGACAAGGCAUUCAAGCAGAGGCAGAAAGAGGAGAAGAAACUCCAGGAGCUGAAAGCGAAGGCCGAGGGAAAGGGCCCCCUGGCCACAGGUGGAAUUAAGAAAUCUGACAAAAAGUGAACUGUUCCUUGUGCCUGGGGCAAUGGUGAUCCUUAAUUCCAUUCCUGUUUUAACAUCAUGAUUCCCUGUCAUCACAUCUCUUGCCACCUACAGCUAAAAUGAAGUGUUGUCUUGGAGGCUGUGGUACAUUUAAGAAUAAACUUUUGUAAAAAAAAUAAUAAUAAUAAUAAUAAUGAUAAUUAUGCAUUGGCUCAUCUCUUCAGUUCUUCUCAUUCUGCCAUUUCAACCUUAGCUGUAUCGUCAGAGUA